AUGGCAUGGGUUACUUCAGCGCAUAGCGCCUGCGCUAAUAGGCAGCAUAGGGGAAGAAGCGCUACACCUAGGAAUCAACAACACGAAAACUUUGUUCUAAGUCAGCCCUUUCCUUAGCGGGCUUGGGACUAAAACAAUGGUUGGGACAACAAACAUCCAUCUCGUUCGUCCUUUGGAUACCCGUAUAACCAUCGAAGGCUAUUGAAGUGACUAAUUCCUGGAAAUUAGGAGGCGUUAAAAACAAAGAAAUUGUUGGAGUUAUCUUAUCAUUUCUAUCUAGUCCCAAUAGGCUUGAUGUUAAGAAAGAAUCUCUUGCAGGAAGGUUGGCUAGAGAUUUCUUGUAAAAACACUAGCCCUGCUGAGUUCAUAAUGAGAAUAUUUUCAUCGUUGAAUCUUUUUUGAUUCUAUGUAUUAUUCUCAUUAUGCACAUAAGGGAGGAGCCGUAUGAGGUGAAAAUCUCACGUACGGUUCUGGAACGGAGAUUCUUUCAAUUGAA